AGUCAGCAAAUCCUACGCUAAAAAUAGAUUCUAGUUUCAAAGUUGGUAAGAUUUUCUGUGUCGUCCUGCCACACUUCAUAAAGCCAAGCUACCUACAGCGCCUGCCUAAACUUACAGUUACUGUCACGAACCAAGUAUACAACGCCAUAUUAUCCCCUGGGGACAAGAUGUCUUCAGCAGAUUUGAACAUCAUGAAGAAAAGUGCCUACGCAGCAGUGAAAGUGGACCCCGACGGAGACUAUUAUACCCCCGGCACAUUUGAACUGGAGCGGCUCUUCUGGAAAGGCAGCCCAAAGUAUACUCACGUCAAUGAAGUCUGGCCUAAUCUCUACAUAGGAGAUGAGAAAACUGCAUUAGAUCGCUACAGCCUUGAGAAAGCCGGCUUCACCCACAUCCUCAAUGCAGCCCAUGGCCGGUGGAAUGUGGACACAGGACCAGAUUACUACAGUGACAUGGCCAUUGAGUACCAUGGGGUAGAAGCAGAUGAUCUCACCACCUUCAACCUCAGCCAGUUCUUUUAUUCAGCUGCUGAAUUCAUUGAAACUGCACUCCAAGAUCAGAGAAACAAGAUCUUGGUUCAUUGUGCCAUGGGACGCAGCCGAUCCGCCACCUUGGUCUUGGCUUACCUGAUGAUUUACAAGAACAUGACAGUGGUUGAUGCCAUUGAGCAAGUGCUGAAGCACCGAUGCAUCCUCCCAAACCGUGGCUUCCUGAAACAGCUGAGAGAACUGGACAUAAAGUUGGCUCUGGAGAGGACAAAUGCCAAGAACGGCAUCCAAGUCAAUGGAGAGGAGCAUGGCACAGAGAUCUAGCAUUCCUCAUGCCCUGGGGUUACCGGAAAAACACCUAGCAAGAGAAAACUGGAGUUGGAAAACAAUACUGUCAAAAGUCCUUUGUUAUAAGUCCAGAGGGAAGACUCAAUAGCAUCUGAAAUGCCUUAAAGGGAAUCUCAGGUUGGAGACAAGAUAAAUGGAGAGAGGAAGCAAUCUCGUUAGGGAGCGUAACACAGAAUCCCCUCAUUUUAGUGCUGUUCUUCAGGGCUCUGCUGUACAGAAGAGAAAAAGGAGGGACUUGUGAUGGAAGGCAGUGGCUCUAUAAGAACUAUAAGGGUGGUGCCCAGUAUGUAAAGGAUCGGGUAAGCGUGCAAGUCCAUGAACUGCGAUUCAGGCCCAGCUGCUCCUGCUGCCCUAUUACUAUAAAUGUUGAACAGCUGUUAUUUUAAUACCAUUUGUGAGGGGCUAAUUUAUCCCACAGCAAACCCACAUGUAAAGCCUGACACAUUUACUUAAAUAUAACCACCCCAUGGCACAACUACAUUUAUUAUACAUGUCAUAAGGUGUUAGCUGAAUAAGGAAGCAUGAGCCCAGCUUCACCUGUGUUGCCUUGGGUUAGCAGAACCUUUCCACAGAGUGACGCACCCUAUGAUAACUGCCAGUUCAGCACUCACUAGUUUGUGAGUCCAUGCUGUAGGAUCUAGAGAGAGGGAUAGGAGUCCUAAACAGCCUUGCAAAGCCUGAGCCAGAACCCAGAGCUGUAAUCCUCCUUUAAACUAACUGGGGUGGGAUACAUGGGCAGUGGAUGAAGCUUCCCCUGGGGGAGGCUAGCUCCUUGUCCCACCUCUUCCACCUGCAGCCCCACCCACACUCCACCCAUUCCACCCUGCUCGGCCCCCCCUGCUGCCGCCCACCACAUCUCUACUCACUCCCCCGCCCGCUGCGAGACACCCCCACGAACUUCCCCACACACCACUCCUUGCAUCCCUCCUCAUCCCCACCGCCUCU